AUGCCAUCAAAAAUACAUAAUGAAAAGUACGCCAACUGGCGUCCCUUCCUGAAAAGGCUUAAAAGAAAAAAAAAGAAAACACAUGAUCAAAUAUAUAACGAUGUAGGCGUUUCCAUAGAAGAAUUCACAGCUACUACAAACUACCUUCGUGCUCGGCUACCACUUGUACUUACCACACCAAAAGUAGCAAUCAUAUGUGGUUCAGGACUUGGACAAUUGGCUGAUGUUAUCGAAAAUAAAGUGGAGUUCGAUUAUAAAGAAAUACCUGGGUUCGUUUCCAGUACAGUGCAAGGCCAUGCAGGAAAACUUAUAUUUGGCCUACUUGGUUAUAAAAAAAUACCAAUAGUUUGCAUGGCCGGAAGAUUCCAUUUUUAUGAAGGGUAUACACUUCAACAAGUUACAUUCCCUGUAAGAAUUUUUAAGAUGCUAGGUGUGGAAGUAUUAAUCGGGAACAAUCCCUUAUUCGGUCCGAAUGUGUCUGCUUUUGGAACGAGAUUUCCACCAAUGUUCGAUGCAUAUGAUUAUAAUCUUCGUGAAAUUGCAUUCAAAGCUGCUGAGUCCCUGAAAUUUCCUAAAGGAACUUUGAAAGAAGCUAUAUACACCUUUUACGCCGGACCUUCAUUUGAGACCAGGGCUGAGGCAAGGUUCUUAAAAUCAUUGGGUGCUGAUUUAGUAGGGAUGUCCACUGUGCCUGAGGUUAUUAUGGCAAGGCAUUGUGGAAUUAGGGUAUUGGGGUUGAGCUUGGUGACUUGUAUGGUGAGCAUUGCUAAAGUUAAAUGCGCGGAUCCUGCAGAGCAGAAUUUAAAUUAUGUAGAGGAGCCACAAGUGAAUCAUGAGGAGGUACUUCAAGUUGGAAAAGAAAGAGCUUCGGAUAUGCAAAAACUGGUGCGGUUGAUGAUUCUUUUACCAGCACAAGCUUUCCAUUGA